CAUAGCAGUGCUGUACAGCGAUAUGAUUUCUGCAAUCUCUGGUAUUUUUUGGUAUUUUCAUUGCGCCAUGUAGCCACUCUAGACCACCAUAUGACUUUUUCUGGACGCGAAAAUUACAGAAUUACAGAAUAAGCCAAUAAAUAAUACAACACCGAAUCGCAUCGAUGUGGUAGUCAACAGUGCAAUGGCGGGCAUGGAGGUAGAAUUUGACGAGACAGUGGUCAAUCAGUUCAGCUGCAAGCGCUGCGACCGCACCUUCAAGAGCAAGCGGGACCAGACGUUGCACCGGCAGGAGGUGCACAACCACAACAAGACUACCUACGAGUGCAAGCUUUGUGCCAAGAGCUUCUGCAACUCAGGAAAUCUCGAUCGCCACAUGAAGGUGCACAACGAUGUGCGUCCUUUUGUGUGCAACAUUUGCUCGAAGGCCUUUGCCCAGGCCGUGAACUUGCAACGGCACUAUGCCGUGCACAGUGGCGAGCGUCCGUUCACCUGUAACUUCUGCAACAAGUCCUUCACCCAGCAGAGCAACAUGAAACGCCACAAGAUGACACACACCGGCGAGAAACCGUUCCGUUGCCAGCGUUGCGGAAGGUACUUCUCCCAACUGGUUAACCUCAAGAAACAUAAGCUGGGCCACCUCAAUGCCAAGCCCUACCAGUGCAACUACUGCGAGAAGGGCCUAACCCAGCUCUCUAACUUCAAGCGUCACCUGCAGUCGCACAUUAAGGAUGGCGUCGAUGUUGAUGUCCCUGGCUCCAUCCAGGCGGCGGUCGCCCUCGCCAGGGAGCGCCUCGAAGCGGAGCAGAAACCAAGCUUUUUUGAGUGCAUGGUGUGUCGAGCCAUCUUUGAUACUUUCGCCGACUACGAGAAGCACGAGACCAAGUGCCAUGAGGACCACGAACGGGCCCAGCUGGAGGUGAAUCAAAUGUCCCACAUGCACCCAGACGACUAUUUGCCGAUGAAAUUCGCCGUGCCCGAUCUGGACACGCACGAGAUCAUUAUUGAGACUACACAUUAGAAAUUGCGAUAAUGUAAUACACAAAGCUACAUAAAAAUCCACUCACACCUACACAUACAAAUAGCAGCGAUUGCGCGUCAAAGAUAAAAUAUGUGAAGAACACUGCAUUGAAUAUACAUAUGAAUGUGUAACAUGCCAACUUAGUUCUCCAUUGAAUUACAACAAAUAAAUAGAAAUAUAUAUAUAUAUAAUAUAGUAUAUAUGCAAUAUAAUAUAAUAUAUAUAUAUGUAUAAAUAUAAAAUACA